UCUCCUUCUCUCUCUCUCUCUCUCUCUCUCCCCCCUCAACUCGGUUCUCGAAAUCGACGACUACGAGGUUUCAAAAAGCGGAGCGAGAGGACGAGCGGGGGGCGUCGAUUGUCGGAGGAGGAGAAGCAAGACAGGGCGAUUUCCAGACUCAGAUUCAUCAUUACGAUCCGACCAUCGACGAGGUUUUGCGAAGCGAUCAAGAGGGCAAGCGGCGCGUCGAUUUUUGGAAGAGGAGAAGAAAGAGGGCGAUUUUAGUUUCAGAUUCAUCGUUACGAUCCAAUCAGCUCCUCCGGAAAUCCGAUCUUCGAUAGUCGCGAAGGAUCUACAUUUUCUGUUAUUUUUUUUGGCUUUUGACCCCCUUCUUGUUUCUCUAACGUGAAGUGCCUACCUCUUCUACUGAACCAGUUGUACCAGCAUCUGCUAUUGAUUUUAUGACACUAAGUUCAUCAUAUCAACCUGAAGAAAUGAAAGGUCAGAGCUCCAGCACUCUACCAGAUGAUGGAAAUAACAAAUCCGAUGGUGGGGUUGCUUAUGGGGAUAUCUCAGGUACUAGAAAUACUGAGGAUGUGGAGUUCAGGAUGGAUCUUUCGGAUGAUCUACUGCAUCUGGUGUUCUCUUUCCUAGGACAAAAAGAUUUGUGUAGAGCUGGGUCUACAUGUAGGCAGUGGUUGGUAGCUAGCACAAAUGAAAAUUUUUGGAGGUGCCUAAAGUUUGAAAAUACAAGGAUCUCCAUACAGAACUUUAUUUCUAUUUGUGAUCAUUACCCUAAUGCUACUGAACUGAGUAUGAAUGGCACACCAAAUUCUGAUGCCCUUGUCAUUCAUGCAAUGAAUUCUCUGAGGGGACUUCAAACCUUAAUCUUGGACAAGGGGCAUUUUAGUGAUGUUUUUUUUCAUACAUUGACGAGCUGUCCUGCAUUAACUAGUUUGAAAAUUUCUGAUUCAUCGAUUGGCAAUGGUAUUCAAGAUGUAACUGUAUACCAUGAAAAUUUACACAACUUGCAGAUGAUAAAAUGUAGAGUUCUCCGAGUUAUUAUCAGAUGUCCUCAGCUACAAACUUUGUCUCUAAAGCGCAGCAGCAUGGCCCAUGCUUUGCUUACUUGCCCACAAUUAAAUGUGCUGGAUUUAUCAUCCUGCCACAAAUUAUCAGAUACUACAAUUCGAACUGCUGCUAUGUCAUGCCCUUUAUUGGCAUCAAUAGACAUGUCAUCUUGCUCUAGUGUCACUGAUGAAACCAUACGCGACAUAGCUUCCACAUGUCCAAACAUAUGCAUGUUUGAUGCUUCAAACUGUCCAAAUAUUUCAUUAGAGGCUGUGAGAUUCCCAAAGUUAAUGGAUUUAAGGCUUGAAAGCUGUGAGGGUAUAGUAUCUGCUUCUAUGACUGCAAUAUCAUACAGUGUGAUGUUAGAGUCAUUGAAGCUCGAUAACUGCAGCAUGCUUACUGCCAUGACACUUGAUAUGCCAAAGCUGCAGACUAUAAGUCUCGUUCACCUGCGCAAAUUUGUUUAUUUAGAUUUGCGGAGUCCUGUGCUCAAGCAGAUCAAAAUUUCUAGGUGUUCAGCACUUCAAGACAUAAGUAUCACUUCAAAUGUUCUUCAGAAACUGGUGUUGCAAAAACAGGAAAGUUUGGCUUAUUUGUCUCUGCAAUGCCAAAGCUUGCUAGAACUGGACCUUAGCAAUUGUGAUUCUUUGACAGAUUCUCUUGAAGUUUUCAAUAGUGAGGGAGGUUGCCCCAAGUUGAGAUCAUUAAUUCUUGACAAUUGCCAGAGCUUAAUUAUAAUCAAUAUCAAAAGUUAUACUCUAGUCUCUCUAUCCUUGGAUGGGUGUCGUGCCAUCACUACCCUUGAACUGUCAUGUCCAAAUCUUCAAGAACUAAAUCUUGAUGGUUGUGAUCACCUUAAAAAAGCUUCAUUUAGCCCGGUUGGCCUUGAGUUGCUUGAUUUGGGUAUCUGUCCACGAUUAAGUGUUCUGCAGAUUGAAGCGCCAAGCAUGCAAGUGUUAGAGCUUAAGGGAUGUGGCAUACUGUCUGAGGCUUAUAUUAGUUGUUCUUGUUUGAAGUCCUUGGAUGCUUCCUUCUGCAGGAACUUAAGUGAUGAAUCAUUGUCUAGAACAGCUAGAUCUUGCCUGCAGAUUGGAUCUUUGGUCCUUUCAUCAUGCCAAUCUGUUGCAUUUGAUGGGCUAUCUUCCUUGCAUUUGCUUCGACAUCUGGUUCUACUGGAUCUGUCCUAUACCUUUGUGACAGACUUACAACCUGUUUUUGACAAUUGUUUUAAGUUGGCGGUCUUAAGGCUCUCUGCGUGCAAGUACCUCACAGAUUCCUCCUUGGGUGCCCUGUAUAAGGAGAGUGCACUUCCAGCCCUAUGCAAAUUAGAUCUGUCAUACUCAUCUGUUGUGCAGCUUGAUAUACUAAAUAUUCUCGCUCAAUGUACGAAUUUGGCUCAUCUGAAUUUGAAUGGCUGUGCAAAUAUGCAUCAACUUGUCUGGAACAGAAGUUAUUGCAAUUUAUCUCAAAAAUCUGUCAAUGUCUGUUCACCUUCCCCAUUGAAAGACAAUGAGAAGGAUGUCUACCUGGAGACUGGCCAUCUGCUUGAAAUUUUGAACUGCACCGGUUGUCCAAACAUUACAAAAGCCCUUAUUUCUUCAAGUGCCAAUUGUUUUUAUUUAUCAAAAAUAAACCUUAAUUUAUCUAUAAAUCUGAAGGAGGUAGAUUUGGCAUGUGGAAGCCUUUGUAUGCUAAACAUAAGCUAUUGUAAUUCCCUGGAGUUCUUGAGGCUCAAGUGUCCAAGGCUAAACAAUCUCUGGCUUCUGGCUUGCAGCAUGCUAGCUGAAGAAGAGUUAGAAACUGCCAUUUCUGAGUGUCCCACACUGGAAAUUAUGAACAUCGACUCUUGUCCUAAGAUACGUGCUAAGGAUUUGACCAAAUGGCAUGCGAUAUGCCCGAGUCUCAAACGAAUACAAAGCUGCGUAUAGAAGCUGUUUUCCAGCAGGCAAUCCUUCGAGUGCAGCUAUAGGAGCAGCCACUUUGUGCCCCCUUUUUUUUAAGAUGUACAUAAUUUGAAUGUGUUGUUUUUCGCUAUUUGAGGCUAUCUGGUGCAGAUGCACACUAUCAUGUUUGCUUUGUAGCUUCACUCUACUGAUCUUUCAUCUUUUUUCUAUUUUUUCAUUGUAAAGAGGGAGGUAGGGAGAAUAAUAUGUAGCAAUACGGUGAAAAGUUAUAGUUCGUAGACACAAUUGGAGAACCUUGUGAAAACUGAAACAGACAGAAAGCUUGCCCUGGAAAAUAAAACAAUAAUGCAGUUCCCUGCAUGAUGUUUCAUUGACAA